AUGUCUCGAGGGCAGACAGGUUGGUCGGACGAGCCGUGCACGUCGACCGGCGGUCGAAGCAUUGUACGACAGUCCGCGGGACCAUCGUCGAGGACAACACCGUCCAUUCUAGAGGACCGCACUUCCGGCGCCGCGUCCUGUAAAGGUGGUUUCAGGUUAGGCGUGUACGGCUGGAGGAAGAGGUGUUUGUACUCUCUGGUGCUCACCCUGAUGGUCAUCGUGAUCCUAAACCUGGCGCUCACCGUGUGGCUCCUCAAAGUGAUGGGAUUCAGUUCUGAGGGAAUCGGCUCCCUGAAGGUGGUGCCCGGAGGGAUCGAGCUCAGAGGUCAGGCUGCCGUGUUGGAUGCCCUGGUGGCCUCCAGCCUGAGAUCCAGACGGGGGAAGAAUCUGGUGCUGGAAUCGUGGAGUAACUUCACAGCUUCUGCUAGGUCGCACGACGGACGAUUGCUCGCGAGAUUCACUGUCGGCGAGGAUCGCGUGGACUGCGUGUCGAGAGGCUUCCGGAUAACCGACCCUCGAGGAGGAAUUCUGUUCUCGGCGGACAGGGAGCAGGUGGUGGUGGGAGCGGAAAUGCUGAGGGUAACUGGCGACGGGGGUGCCGUUUUCCAGGGCAGCGUUCAGACUCCACUGGUCAGAGGGGAAUCGGGCCGUGGCCUCAGACUCGAAUCAGCGACCAGAUCCUUGAAGAUCAGUGCUCCUCAGCGAGUGGUGAUCGAGUCCUGGGCCAACGAGAUCUCCGCCUCGUGUCUAACAGAUCUCAAGCUUCAAAGCGUGCACGGCGCCAUCAGUCUAGAUGCGAAAACCCUCUUCAUGAAGGGACUGAAGACCGCCAGUCCGAGCCAAGGGCACUCGUCGAGGGAGCAACAGCAACAGCAACACUCGCCUAGAACAUCCUCUCAUCAGAACCAAAGAGACACGACCAUCUAUCAGUUAUGUGCCUGUGCUAAUGGCAAACUGUUUCUCGCGAGAUCUGAGGGAACCUGUCAGGCGGACAAAUCGAUUUGCUAA